AUGACUUCCCGGGACCAGCUGGUGCAGCAGGUACUGCAGGAGUUGCAGGAAGCAGUGGAGUCCGAGGGCCUGGAGGGGCUCGUGGGUACCGCCAUCGAAGCCAAGCGGGUUUUGUCGUCUUUCACCCUUCCUCAAAGCCGGGAGGGGGGCCUUAGCCCGCAGAUACUGGAGGUGGACUCAGUGGCCCUGAGCCUGUACCCGGAGGAUGCUCCCCGGAACAUGCUGCCGCUGAUGUGCAAGGGUGAGGGCAGCCUGCUGUUUGAGGCGGCCAGCAUGCUGCUGUGGGGCGACGCGAGCCUCAGCCUGGAGCUGCGCGCCCGGACCGUGGUGGAGAUGCUGCUGCACCGGCAUUACUACCUCCAGGGCAUGAUCGACUCCAAGGUGAUGCUGCAGGCCGUGCGCUACUCCCUGUGCUCCGAGGAGUCCCCCGAGAUGACGAGCCUGCCAUCCGCCACGCUGGAGGCCAUCUUUGACGCAGACGUCAAGGCCACCUGCUUCCCUAGUAGCUUCUCCAACGUGUGGCACUUGUACGCUCUUGCCUCUGUCCUUCAACACAACAUCUACUCCAUCUACCCAAUGCGCAACCUCAAGAUCCGGCCCUACUUUAAUCGCGUCAUCCGGCCGCGACGCUGUGACCACACGCCCUCCACCCUGCACAUCAUGUGGGCGGGCCAGCCACUCACUAGCCACCUCUUCCGCCACCAGUACUUUGCUCCAGUGGUGGGGCUAGAGGAGGUGGAAGCUGAAAAUGCUGCAAGCCUAGGCCCGGCCCCUGCAGCCCUGGGCAGGCUGCCACCUCCAGCCAAGACUUUGGAGCUACUGAACCGUGAGCCUGGCCUCAGCUACUCGCACCUCUGUGAUCCCUACAGCAUCACCAAGAGCACCUUCUACCGCUGGCGGCGGCAGUCCCAGGAGCACCGGCAGAAGGUGGCUACCCGUUUCUCGGCCAAGCACUUCCUGCAGGACAGCUUCCAUCGUGGGGGUGUUGUGCCCCUACAGCAGUUCCUGCAGCGGUUCCCCGACAUCUCCCGCUCUACCUACUAUGCUUGGAAGAAUGAGCUGCUGGGCUCAGGUCCUUGCCAGGCCCUGGCCUCCAGGGAAGCUGUGGCAAGGGGGGAGCUGGAGAAGCUGCCGAAGGAGCAGAGUGCCAAGGUGCUGGGGUGCCCCCCGCCAGCAUCAAGCCCGGGAGUGGCCCUAAUGCAACGGGCCAAGUUGUACUUGGAGUACUCCAUUUCCCUGAACACACUGGUCCCCUAUCGCUGUUUCAAGCGCAGGUUCCCUGGCAUCUCCCGGUCCACCUAUUAUAACUGGCGCCGAAAGGCCCUCCGAAGGAACCCCAACUUCAAGCCGGCACCGGCCCUCACAGCAGCUGGGGCUCCCCAAGCAGCACCCAUUGAGGAAGAGUCUUUGCCCCCCUGGAAGGGUGAGAUGGGAGAGGGAAAAGGGAAAGCAACGGAUGGGGGCGCCCCUGUGACCCGGGAGCUCCUCCCCCCGAGGGUGCCCCUGUCCCGCUGGCAGAGGCGUGUGCGUAAGGCUGCCCGCAAGCAGGUGCUAAGCGGGCACCUCCCUUUCUGCCGCUUCCGCCUGCGCUACCCCAACCUGUCACCAUCCACCUUUUGGGUUUGGAAGAGUCUUGCCCAGGGCUGGCCUAGAAACCUGUCCAAACUCCAGAGGGAGGCCUCUGCCUUGGGCAAAGGAGGGGCACAUAAGGCUGAGGGGAAGCCAGAGAAGGAAGCUGGCGGGAGUGUAGCAGGAACAAGGGCCCCGCCCACGGGGGCCCCACAGGUGGCGGCUUCUCCAGGAGAGGCUUCGGGGGAGGUGCAAGAAGGGCCUUCCCAGGAUGGGGCCCUGCAAGUGGGGGCCAUGGCCCAGAGCCCACCCCAGGGUGGCUCCCCAUCAAGCCACCCUGUGACAGGGACAGCAGGUGACAGGGACAGCCAGGUGCUGGUGAUGGACAUGAUUGCUACCACCAAGUUCAAGGCCCAGGCCAAGCUGUUCUUGCAAAAGCGCUUCCAGUCCAAGAGCUUCCCCUCCUAUAAGGAGUUCAGUGCGCUCUUCCCCCUCACUGCCCGUUCCACCUACUACAUGUGGAAGCGGGCUCUCUACGAUGGCCUCACUCUGGUUGAUGGCUGA